GCAGCUUCCGGUAUUUGCGCGUAGUCUCUUUGGCAUCGCAUCGCAGCUUCCUUUCACGUUGAGUCUUGCGCAACCUUCUGUUUGCGCCCAUUCAUGUCGCUUCUGCCUAGACGAGCUGCGUAUACACCUCGGAAUAAACAGUCCCUACACAAUGCCUCCCGGUAAGGCCUUACCUUUUCGAACUUCACCCCACGCGCCACUAGCAAAGUCGCGUCGAGAUUGCGACAACACACUUCACGACGCGAAUCCUCUACCAGUUCUCCAUACAACGUCACAAUGCCGCGUCGCAAAGCGAACAAGGGAAAGAAACCCAUGAAGCUGACAGCUCCUAUAGCUAUUAGCGAUGAUGAGAUGUCCGACGCCGGCGGCGAAAUCGCUAUCCCGCUCAAGGAGAAGCGCGCAAAGAGCCGAUCCGCAGAAUACCGAGACGAUGUUAGCGAAGCGAAGAGCGAAGAAGACAUUCCCAUCAUCUCCGGCGAUUUGAACGGCAACGCCACCAAGCCUGCUAAGGCUGCCUCUGUCGUGGCCGAUGAGGAGGACGAGGAAGGCGACGAAGACGAUGAUUUGGAGGCUGAUGAGUACGUUGUCGAGAAGAUUCUUGACCAUCUGGCUUCUGACGACGGCACCGUGACCUUCCGUGUUAAGUGGGAAGGUUACUCUAAGAAAUCAGACCAGACCUGGGAGCCGGAAGACAGCCUGAAGGAAGGCGCAUCAGAGAUCUUGGAAGAAUACCUUAAGAAGCUCGGUGGACGCGAGGCACUAUUUGUGGAGAAGACCAAGGCCAAGACCACGAAGAAGCGCGGCCGCCCCAGUGCUUCGUCAUCUACACCGCCGGCAAGCAGCAAGAGAGGCAAGCGCAACGGCCACCCCGCCGAAUCUACUCCUCCCGCGUCAGUAAAGGAGGCAAAAGCAAAGGCCUGGACACUGCCCAGCGGCAGCUGGGAGGAUGACGUCGAGUCGAUCGAUGCUUGCGAGGACGAAGAGUCAGGCUCCAUCAUUAUCUAUCUCAAUUGGCGAAACGGCCAGAAGACGAAGCAUCCCAAGGAGGUGGUGUAUAAGAGAUGUCCCCAAAAGAUGCUGCAAUUCUACGAAAAGCACAUUCGCAUCAUCAAGGCGGGACCUGACGCCGAUCUUCCGGACCUUGAUACCGCGCUCGAGGCCAAGAUGUAGGACACGAAAAAAAGAGUGCCGUUUGUGGAUUUUAUUGGGAAAGGAUUGGCGUUUGGGCUCGUGAUACAUCUGAUAUCAUUAGCAGGUUCUCGAGCGCCGCUGGCGUGGCUUAUGCUCGUUGCGAUAUUUGCACGCUUUCAGUCAUCGGAAGAAGUCUCAUCAGGCCGUAUCUAAAAUCUGGUCGAAGGCGAUUCGGACGGCCUUGCUAUAUCCUUAUUGCGACUGAAUUAGCGGGAGGAGGUAUGCUUCACGGUUCUGCUUCGUAAUUUUGGGAGAACAGAAAACCACAAGUUCCUCUGUUGAUCCGAAUUGCUUCAGGUGAUGCGUGAGGCUGCCCUUUGUUGUCUCCGUAAAGGACGGUGCACAUCUUACAUUCCCAAAAUGCCAACGCAGCCUGGGCGGGCAGGAACUUCUCGGCGUUCAUAUAAUACGACUGAGCAACAUGAUCUCAGAGUCGUGAAAGGCACUUCAUCCAUGUCAAUAGGCGGGUGCCGCCGAGUGCUAGAUCCAGGUACGAUGCAGGUACAGCUCAGUCAUGUCCAAGUAGCGCUUUCAAAGUCACGACACGCACAAUUUUAAGGGAAAGAGUACAUCCGACCCCUCCCCAACACGGAGAGGCUUACU